CUAUCUUCCCUUCCAAGAUGGCCGCCGUGUUGGUUCAGCGAAACUACCAGACUCACCAACAAAAACCUAACAAAAACACAGAAAUGACUCAUUACAGACCCCAAUAAUAAUACAGCAAAAACUACAAAAUGUCCAGGCAUAGAAAUGUUAGAAAUUAUGCCUACGAAGAUGAAAUGUCAGAGGAUGUAUAUGGGCAUUCUGUGGAAGAGCAUGAUAUGUGUGUGUCACCUUCUACUGCCCAGCAGUUCAUGUAUAACCGUGGUAAUGAUAACGAACAGUCCAACCUAUUCAGUAACUACAUGAGUGGUAGGUUUGGAAGUGUUGAGGAAGAAGAAGAGGAAGAGCAGUUGGAGGAAGAAGAUCAUCUUAGUAACUCCCAAGAUUAUAGACGACCACAGUUAGAUCCUAUAAGUGAAGCCAAACUGUCGUCAUGUCUGGAUCAACUACAAUCUAUCUUGGGUGAUGACUGCCAUGAGCCAACGGCUGUAGAUGCCAUACUCAAAUUUAACUUUGAUGCCGAGAGGGCUUUGGAUUAUAUAUUUUCUAAAGAAAACAAGAAAGAGAGCAGCCAGAAGAAGACACCCAAAAAACAAGACACAGCUAGUUAUGUACCGCCCGACAGCACCACAGCUCGACCACGAGUACCUGAGCAGCCAGUCACGGUAGCAGCGGCAGCCGCCAGUAAUUUACCAGACUUUUUCAGCAAGAAUGUAGUCUCCAGACUAAAUCACAGCAGUAGUGCCAGUAGUACGAAACGUAGCCAGUCGUCUAAUGUGGUGAUUGGAUUUUCUACUCCCGUAUCACCAAAGAGUAGAUCCUCUUCAAGUUCGCCAGAUAAUACGCAGACUGCAUCUGAAGUUGAUGCGUUUAAGUCACCCGAGCAACAAAAAGCCAAACCAGCAAAACAGAUCGACGCACAAGCAGAAUAUGAAAAACGCCAGCAGGGCAAAGACUUAUUAAACCUCGUAGUAAUCGGUCAUGUUGAUGCUGGUAAAAGUACACUAAUGGGUCAUAUGUUGUUCUUACUGGGUGAUGUUUCUAAGAAAGCUAUGCAUAAAUAUGAAACUGAAUCCAAGAAGGCUGGUAAAGCAUCAUUUGCAUAUGCCUGGGUGUUGGAUGAAACAGGAGAAGAAAGGGAAAGGGGCAUCACGAUGGACGUCGGCCUAACACGGUUCGCCACCAAGUCUAAAGUCAUUACUCUGAUGGAUGCUCCUGGACAUAAGGAUUUUAUACCCAAUAUGAUUACAGGCGCAGCACAGGCUGAUGUUGCAAUCCUGGUAGUAGAUUCUAGUACAGGAGAGUUUGAGGCAGGUUUCGAGGCUGGGGGUCAGACCAGAGAACACGCGCUAUUGGUCAGGUCUCUAGGCGUCACACAGAUCGUAGUCGCUGUCAACAAACUCGACAACGUGGAUUGGAGCGAAGAACGAUAUUUAUACAUUGUGGGAAAGCUAAGACUGUUUCUUAAACAAGUUGGAUUUAAGGAUUCUGAUGUAGGGUACGUGCCGUGCAGUGGUCUAUCGGGUGAGAAUCUCGUCAAGCAAUGUACAGAAGACAAGCUGAAAAAAUGGUACAAGGGGCCUUGUCUCUUAGACAGGAUAGACGAUUUCAAACCUCCUAAACGAGACAUGGAUAAGCCAUGGCGAUUCUGUGUAUCAGAUGUCUAUAAAGGACUGGGAGCAGGGAUUAACCUAGCCGGGAAGAUGGUAGCUGGCAGUGUUCAGAAUGGCAAUAGGGCGCUAGUUAUGCCAGUAGGAGUAAAGGGAAUGGUUAAAGGUAUUAUUCCAUUACCAAACCAUGAGUGAACCGGCUAGCGUCAAGAAACUUCUUGCUCUACUAAAUAAGAGCACCGGAGAAGUAGUCAAACGAAAACCAAGGUGCUUGACCAAGAAUUCCAACGCGGAGGUUGAAAUCCACACCAGUAGGCCUGUGUGUGUUGAAUUAUACAAGGAUUAUAAAGACCUUGGUCGAUUUAUGUUACGAUAUGGCAACGAGACGAUAGCUGCUGGGGUUAUUACUGCGGUCUUGUGAAUCCAUCUUAUACAUCUGACAGCACAGUAUAUUGCUCUAAUGGAAAACAACACACUAUCAAGCAGCUGCUAAAACCAAGCUGAUUUUAACAUCAUAAAUUUGCCAACAAAUUUAAUAGAAUAAACAGUAUUAAGUCCA